CGAGACUUUAGUCCGCGUCGAGCAUUUACUCCGUACUCAUGUCGCUCGAAAUCGACUGUUUGAAGCUGAUAGCAGCUGUUAGGGAACGGACUCCCUUGUACGAUUUGAACACGAGAGAGCAUAAUGAUCGAGUUCAUAAGAAGCAGUUGUGGAUCGAAGUAUGCAAGGAGGUUUUUACUCCUGCAGUAUGGGAGUCGCUAUCUGUUGACGCUCAAGGACGUAACGAAAUAGAAGUACAGAAGAGGUGGAUAAACUUGAGACAUUGCUUUAGAAGAGACGUUAAAAAGCAGAAGUCGUUGCCGCCCGAGGAACGUGACAGGAAAAGAAGAAAAUAUAUUUACUCCGAUGAACUUGCAUUUAUCUUGCCCUUUCUUAAAAACGAAAAUGAGUCUGAACCGAGCGAACCGAGAGCUUAUGGUGACGAUGUUGUCAUCGAUGCCAACAAGUUGAUACCUGCGGUCAAAACACGACCUCCUAUAUACGACGCGACUAUGAAAGAGUAUUCUGAUCUUGAUUUGAAGAAAACUCUAUGGGACGAGGUGUGUAGGGAGGUUUUUACUCCUACAGCUUGGGAAUCGCUGUCAGAAAAGGAGCAAGCUUCACACUUACAUGAAGUACGGAAAAAGUGGGUUAAUCUGAGACAUUGCUUCCGACGAGACAUCAUGACCCAGAUAAAGAUGGAGUCCGAAGGGAAAAAAAAGAAAAGGAAAUAUAUUUACUACGACGAACUUUCGUUUCUGCUGCCUUUUUACACGCACAACGAAAGCGAGACCAUAUAUCUCGAAAACGACGCUGCAGCAUCAGCGGACAGCAGUACAGAUGUGUCGGAUAAUGAGGAGGGAAGGAAAGAGAAAUACAGUACAUUCCCUGAAGAUACAGACGAUAGUCAAAAUCCACUUUCCCAAGACUCAGAGAAGGAAAAAGAAAGCAGCGACGAAUUGUUUCUAAGAUCUUUGGUCCCGUACGUGAACGAAAUCCCCGAGGAUAAAAAGUUGCAAUUCAGGAUAGAAAUUAUAAAAUUAUUUUUAAAUUUCAAGCAAUCGUUACAGUACGGUCCGGUAUUGAGUAAUAUUCAAAGCUUGAAACUCAAGCACUCCACUGACUAGAAAGUUCAAUUGAAUAAAGUUUUUCGGUACCUAUUCGAUUGAAGAGUUUUAGUCAAACCAGUGUAGUUACUCCUAGGUAAUACAACGUAAAGGCUACAUUUUGCCAUACUGUGAUCUGUGAGGUGUGUUUGAACUUUGAAGACUGAACCCAAAAUCCAAAUCUCAAUGUUGAAUGAGUUUAACAAUGAUAUAAUUUAAAUUUAUGUCAAUGAGAAAGUGAUCUUAUAAUUCGUUAUAUAACAUGAAGCUUUUAGGUUUAGGUUAGGAUUUAGUUGCUGUUUUUCCACUGAAUCUUAUUCACAUGCCCUGUUAAUAGGUACCUAAUAGUUAAUAUCCAUUUAAAAUAUAAAUUUCUGACAAUGAAACAUACGAAUCAAUACCAAACGAAUGCUAAAGUUAGGUACAGUCCGAUACCGAUCCAGUGGAUGCGCAACUUUAAACUGUUAAAUGCUAUGAAUAAAGCGUUUAAAUUUAAACUGUCUUAUUCCAUUUAUGAAAAGG